GAUCGAGCCCGAGUCCUUACAUGAAUAUACAGCCUCUUCAUAACAGGCAAUUACUCCCUCGAAGUUUACUUCACUGCGACAUGGCAAAAUCAUUAAAUAUUCCACUCAGCGAAUUAAAUGCACGGUAGCAAGGCGACCCGACGAGUAAGCGUACUAAGUGCGAGUUGUUUGGCAAAAGCUUUCGAUCCAAACAAUCCAAAAUAUUUAAUCACAACUUGAUAAGAGUUCGCGGUAGUCAUGAGCGCCCGCCAGUCUUUUGUUCCUCGUUCAGCAUCUCGUGCUUCCACCCAUACAGACGCUGAAAACCCGUUUAAUAUGCCGCUCCAUAAUCAGAAUUCGCUAGGCCAGCCUCAACGUCCUAGCGGUAACCAAAAUGAACUUGACUCGAUGCAACCCAAAACAGACUCGGAGAAAAGGCCUCGCUUCGCAGGGAUUAUCGGGAAGCACAAACUCGCUGGCAAACACGGCUCCGGGGAUCAUCAAGCGGCCGUUGACGCGUCGUUCUCUAGCGCGUCGGGGCGUUUCAGCGGUAUACAUCGUCCUGACAUGCAAUCCUUGGCCAUCCAACGCAGCUCUAGCUCUCCAUUCUGUGGAAAAGGCUCGCCUUUUGUUCCACCAGCCAAUCCUGGCAUAUCCUUUGCUCGACCCACGUCACCUAUGGCAAAAUCUGCAUCCUACAGAGGCGAUUUGACUAUUUCUGGUCUCACAGACGCGCAUAUAUCCACUGCAGGUAUCGUCUCUGGGUUGAUAUCUACUUCUCGUGUCAUUGCGGCGCCUGUUCCAAGCUAUGGGUCUAUUCACGAUGGCAAGCACGAUGACGAGCACACAUUCAGCUCCAACAAAUCUUCUCUAGCCAAGUCGCAGCCUGCGCAACUCCUUGAGAGAAUUCAUGAGGACGUCGAGCCAGAGGCAGCAAACGAGGACGAAGCAUCGCUUGACGCUCGCAGGACAAACGCUGCCGCCCAUCCCGUGUUGCGCAGGGUGAAGCGCACCAUCCAAGGUGCUCAGGAGGACGAGGCCAAUUUCUCACCCCCUGACGAGAUUGAUUAUAUGCGUAGAGUCAAACGAGUCAGAAUCGACAAGUUUCCCCACGAAUUGUCAGAUAGUCGUCCCGAUGACAGCAGCCACUCCGGCAUCGACCAUACUCGACUGCAGCCUGAUCUUGAUGACGAUACGGCUCCUCAAUCUUCACCUCCCACGGGCCAACCUGGCGCGGGUUCCGCGGAGGAAAUCUCUCUUGAUGGCAUGUUCGCAAACAUGGAUACGUUACUGGAUGUGGAUACUUUCAUGGGCCUCGUUCAGAAGUGGUCUACCUGCUCGAGGGAAGAGUGGCUUCAAGGCGCUGAAGAAAUCACCAACCAGUUUAAAGAUAUCAUUGACUCCGUCAAGGAGAGUCUCACAGCCAACGUCACUCUUUACUCCAGUCUGGACGACCAAGUGCGCGAUCGCCGUGAGGAACAGGCUCAACUCACCGAACAUUUAAGGCGAGGAUUGGGAUCGGCCAGGACAGAUCUGAUCGCUAUUUGCCGGGGGAAGUAAGUCGAAGCUGCGUGGUUAAUGCUGCGGUGAGAUGGUUGUACGAUGUGCCUUUUUGCCUCCUAUGCUGAAGAGAAUGUAC